AUGUUAAGAAACUUAACUAGACGUCUUGUUCGUGUGAGCGUCAGGGAUUCAUUUACAUCAAAGGAGGCGGUAUUAUCCAAUUUAUCAACUUCUUCUCAAAUCACCGAUGAGAAUUCUAACAGUGAAUCAAUGAAUGGUACUCAUCUAACAUGGAAUAAUAGUCAAAUUCGUCAAGCAUUAAGCGAAUUAAGUAAUACAAUGGCAACAACAACAAUGACAGAAACAACGGCAAAAACAGAACAGUCUAAAUCACAAACAAGAUGGGCAGAAAUACUGCAUGAAUUCGAUCAACCAGAAUCAGACUCACUCACCAAUAUUGAUAAUUCAAGUCGAUCAUUGUUAGAUCAAAGUUUACUGAUAAGCAGUGAUACAUCUAGUCGUCAUUCUAGUACCGUUGAUACAGAGAAACUAGAAGAAACUGGACAUACAACUGCGGAUUCACCACAUAUACCAAUUGAAGCAUUAAGUAAGCAUCUUGAUAGUCGCUUAUCAUCUAUGAUGUCUGAAUUAAACUGGUCUCAUAAUGAAUUACUGUACAAAUUUGCUCAACUUGAAUGUAAACUUGAUCAAACGAAUAAACUGUUAGUACAAAUGAAGGAGGAACAUGAUCUGCUGCGAUUGACAUUGAUGGCUAGAUAUAGGAUUUUUUAA